CAUUUAAUUAAAAUCUAAAUCUAAAAUUUCCAUGCCUCUAAUCACCCAUUGCACAUGCAACGAUACAGACAUUGCAGUCUAUACUGUCAGCCUGUCUGUAUGCCACCCACGCCACAACUUUUUGCAAGCACUAAAGCUGCUAUAUAUCUACCCAUCAAACUCUGCCUUAUACCCACUGCUUCAUUUCUCUGCCCUGCAUUUGCAUUGCUCUGUAUAACCAGCACAGAUAGAGGAAGAUUCUGCUAUAGCAGGACAGCAUGGAGGAUGGCCAAGAAAUUCAACCAGUUGUUUGUGACAAUGGAUCUGGUGCUGUGAAGGCUGGUCUGGCAGGGGACGAUGCACCCAGAGCGGUGUUUCCGAGCAUCGUGGGGCGGCCACGGCACACGGGAGUGAUGGUGGGGAUGGGGCAGAAGGACGCCUACGUGGGCGAGGAAGCGCAGUCGAAGAGAGGUAUUCUGACGCUUAAGUAUCCCAUCGAGCACGGGGUGGUCUCCAACUGGGACGACAUGGAGAAGAUUUGGCACCACACCUUCUCCAACGAGCUCCGAAUUUCUCCAGAGGAGCACCCAAUUCUCCUCACAGAGCCCCCGCUGAAUCCCAAGGCCAACCGUGAGAAGAUGAUCGAGAUUAUGUUCGAUGCUUUUAAUGUCCCUGCCACUUACAUUGCCAUCCAAGCCGUGCUCUCCCUCUACGCUAGUGGACGAACAACUGGCAUAGUGUUGGACUCAGGGGACGGAGUAUCACACGUAGUGCCCAUAUACGAGGGCUACGCUCUCCCUCAUGCAAUCUGCCGUCUGGAUUUAGCCGGCCGGGACUUGACGGCAGCGUUGGCCAAGAUCCUAACCGAGCGUGGAUACUCCCUAACGACGACCGCAGAACGGGAAAUAGUCCGAGACAUGAAGGAGAAACUAGGCUACGUAGCUCUGGACUACGAGCAGGAGCUCCAAAUGGCGGCAUCGACGCCAUCGCUGGAGAAAAGCUACGAGUUACCAGAUGGGCAGGUGAUCACCAUCGGGGCAGAGAGAUUCCGGUGCGCUGAGGUCCUCUUUCAGCCGGCUCUCAUCGGGAUGGAAGCUCCGGGAAUCCACGAGACUACGUACAACUCCAUAAUGAAAUGUGAUGUGGACAUACGAAAGGAUCUGUAUGGAAAUAUUGUUAUGAGUGGUGGGUCUACCAUGUUCCCUGGCAUUGCUGAUCGCAUGCAGAAGGAGGUCUCUGCUUUGGCCCCCGCCUCCAUGAAAAUCAAAGUAGUUGCUCCUCCCGAGAGGAAGUACAGUGUUUGGAUUGGAGGAUCUAUUCUUGCUUCUCUCAGUACAUUCCAGCAGAUGUGGAUAAGCAAGGCGGAGUAUGAUGAAUCGGGGUCCGCCAUUGUUCAUCGCAAGUGUUUCUAGGUAGAGCGGAUUCUUCGGCUUUAUCCUUACGCUUUUGUGAUUAGUUGAUAUGAGUGCGCCUGCUGAUGCUGCAACACCAUAUUGUUAUUAUAAUUCAUUUGUGAUCAUUGUCUUCCAUACCGUGUAAUUAUUUUCUAAAUAAACUCAUUGAUGUUUUUCAUCUAACGUGAGAAUGAGAUUAAGAUUUCUACGAUGAGAUUACAAUUUUUACGAUUAGAUUAAA